AUGACUUGGGUCGGAGGAACCGAGCCCAAUGGCACCGAGGGCAAGAACUUCUACAUCCCCAUGUCCAACAGGAGUGGGGUGGUCAGGAGUCCCUUUGAGUACCCUCAGUAUUAUUUGGCAGAACCCAUCAUGUACAAGCUUCUCGCCGUCUACAUGUUCUUCCUGAUCUGCACUGGGACCCCCAUCAACGGUCUGACGCUGCUGGUCACGGCUCGGAACAAGAAACUCAGACAACCUCUCAAUUACAUCCUGGUAAACCUGGCCGUGGCCGGACUCAUCAUGUGCUGCUUCGGAUUCACCAUCACCUUCAUCACUGCCAUCAACGGCUACUUCGUCCUCGGGGUCACUGCCUGUGCUUUGGAAGGAUUAUUGGCCACACUUGGCGGUCAGGUUUCUCUCUGGUCUCUGGUCGUCCUGGCUGUUGAGAGAUACAUCGUCGUCUGCAAUCCGAUGGGAAGCUUCAAAUUCACCGGAAGUCACGCGGCAGCUGGAGUCAUUUUCACCUGGAUCAUGGCUUUUGCUUGUGCUACUCCACCUCUUCUUGGCUGGUCCAGGUACAUCCCCGAGGGCAUGCAGUGCUCCUGCGGACCCGACUACUACACUCUGGCCCCCGGCUUCAACAAUGAAUCAUAUGUCAUCUACUUGUUUGUCGUCCACUUCACGGCUCCUGUCUUCACAAUUUUAUUCACCUAUGGAAGCCUCGUCCUGACAGUUAAAGCUUCUGCAGCCCAGCAGCAGGAGUCAGAGUCCACUCAGAAGGCUGAGAGGGAGGUGACACGCAUGUGCUUCCUGAUGGUCAUUGGCUUCCUGGUAGCUUGGGUACCAUAUGCAUCUUUCGCCGCAUGGAUCUUCAUAAACAAGGGAGCUACAUUUACUGCCCUGACUGCAACUAUCCCUGCCUUCUUCGCUAAGAGCUCAGCCUUGUACAACCCUGUGAUCUAUGUGCUGAUGAACAAACAGUUCCGUAGCUGCAUGCUGAGCAGUAUUGGAAUGGGCGGCUUGGUGGAGGAUGAGGUCUCAGUGUCUGCCAGCAAGACAGAGGUGUCCUCUGUGUCUUAA